AUGAAAGCAAAGUUUAAAGCAAGGAGGAAAAGGUUUCCAGCCAGAUUAAAAAAGAUCGAAGAAUUAUUACCUAAUUAUGGCAAAUUUAAAAUUGAGCUCAACGAAACUUAUAAUCUUUGCAAAAAAAUUCCAAGUCAAAGAAGUUUGCAAAUUUCUUCAAAUGGUCCAGAUAUCCCAUUGCCGCAGAACAUCGAUGAUGCCAAACUAAAUAUGCUGUGCACAAAUCCAAAGGAAAUGAAAUAUGCCUGGGAUGUGCUUAUGAGGUAUCAACAAGAAGAACUUGAAGACAAGAAACGUGAGACAGAAGUCAAUAAUGAGGAAUCUCCGCUGUGUCAUGAAAUGCGAGAAGGGCUCUUGGAUUUACAUGAUCUGAUCAUUGACGGCUCCGAGUGCGUCUUAAACGUUAAACAUGCAGCUGUUAAAAAAGAAAUAAAGAGAGUUGAAACUGAAAAGAAAUACCGUGAAGAUCUGGAAAAAAUAGUUUUCAGAAAUAAUGAAGAAGCUGAAAGAGAAUUGGUAGCAAUACGUGCAGGCUGGGAAGGAAUAAAAACUCUUAACAAUCCAUUGGAAAUUGAUAGAGGGACGAGUUUCUUAAGAGAAAAGUGUAAUGAUCUUCUACUUGGUAAAGAUAAGAUGAUAGAUUAUUUAAAAAAUGAACUUAAAAAUAAAGAUGAAAACUUUGUUCGUGAGUUGGAAAAACAAGGAUUAGAAAUUGACAUAUUGAUUGACAGAAUCGAGGAGCAGAUCAGUGUUUUAAAAAAUGCUUACUCCCUACAAUUAGAAAAACUUCAGGAAAUGAUUGAUAAUGAAAAAGAAGACAUUAUUAUCAAUAACAGAAAAAUUUGGGAAACACUGAUCAAAGAAAGAGAUGAUAUUGAUCAGGCUGCGGUUAACAUGAUAUAUAAACUCAUUGAAGAACACGAAUUGAAAAUUGAUAUGGACACUAUAGAACAGAAUGAAAAACAAAGAGCUCUUGACUAUGAAUUGAAUAGUGUUAUUCAUAAAAUGACCCUGGAACUUGAUCGCUUGAGAUCAAUGUGCACUCUUAACAUUGAAAAGAUUUCUUACAACUAUCAAUUGUUGUUGAAAAGACAAAGUUCAAAUCAGUUGAUAAAAAAUGAAAACAAAAGACGUAUUUUACAGCUAAGGAAUGAAAUAGAAGUAAUAAAAAAUAAAAUUAAAAUGGGAACUAAAGCUUUAGCCAAAGAAAUUAAUGACCAUGCUUCAGCCAUAGAUGCUCUUCAAAACAAUAUAAAAGAACUGGAAGAAAGGUCGACUACUCUAGCUGCGGCUAAUUCAAAGAAAUACUUUGCUUUGUGGGAUUUCAAUCAAAAAACAGCUGAAGACAUCUUACAUCAAAUAUUUGCAGGAGAUAAAAUUCUGUUUGAACAAGUCCUUUACAUGCCUUGGAUUGGGCCUUCAGAAAUCAGUUUUCCAAAAGAAGUCAUGCCUUCGUAUCGAGAAGGAUUAAGAAUUUGUGCAAGAGCUAGAAAAAAUAGAAUGGUUAACAAUAUAGCUGAAACUGCUGAAGAUAUAAAAGAAAAUGCUGAAACUAUGGAUUUAGUCAAAAUGAUUAUCAAGAAAUUGCCUUCUGCUUUUUCAUUUUUCCUAGAUACGCAUAUGAGGAACCAAGCAGUGAAGUUUGCAAAUGAAGAUCAAGCUUUAGUUGAGCUUGAUGCAAUUUUUAAUGCUCUUUCGGUUAACAGUAAAAAAGACAUGAUUCGUUUAGCAAAAUACUUUGAGAAAUAUAUAGUUUGCCCUGAUUGUUUUGGUGCCUAUUGUAGAGAAAAAAUGAACAGUAAAAUGGUUCAAACCGAAGAUUGGACAAAUCUUCAAGAAGAACCUGAAGGUACUGAUGAUGACGCAAAAGCUCCUGAAUCCAACAGUAUGUGUAUACUGACGGAACAUAUUAAGAACCAUUUGAAAAUUGUCACUGAUACGGUAUAUAAGGAAGUUCAUCAUUCUGACUAUGAACCACAGUUGAAUCAGGCAAUACAAGACAAACCUAAAAAUAAAAAUGAAGAAAUAGAUCAUGUGGAAAUAAAAGAAGAAGAUAUCAUUGAAAAACACAGAUUAUUUGGAAUGACAUCAAAUGAAUAUCCGAUUGAUUGGUACGUGUCCAAUUUGAAUGAAUCUUGUUUUGAUGAAACUGUAGACACUAAUAAAGGAAAAAGAGCCGGAGUGUUGAUAGUUAAAGACCCUGAAGCUGUUGUCAAGAUAUGUAAAAAUCCCUCUCAUCAACCUUAUAUUAAUCCUAUCGAUGUCGCUAAAGCCAUUAAGGAGUUUACUAUAGAUACUUUUGAUAUUAACAAAGUCAAAACGACUAGGACAUUGGAUGACUUAAAGUCGAAAAUGAAAAUAACUCUGGCUAGAUGCAUCGAACAAAAAGACGUCGACGAUUUUUGGAAGAAUUUACUGGAAAUCAUUCCAAAAGAAAAAGUGGAUUUAUGGGAUACAAUGUAUACAGCAAUGCAAUCAUACCAUAAAGCACUGAAAAAACGUCAUGAGCUCAAUAAUGAAAUUAAAAAACUUAAGAAGAGCAAUUAUGAACUAAGAAGAUUGCUACAACGUUAUAUUGAGUCAUCAAAAUCACAGGACGAAGGAUAUGCUGCUUAUUUUAAGGAUAUUCAAGUAGAUUUAUGUGUCGAAAAUGAAUCAACAAGUUCAAAAUAA